UCUUUCCCAAUUGGUGGUUACUUCAUGAUUGGAAGAGAAGUACCUAGGUGGCUGAAGAUAAUACAUUUUUAUAUUUGUUCUAGUGAAGCUGAUCAAAGAAGAUGUGAAAAUACUGUUUCUGUCAUAAUAGGCUGCUGAGUAAGAAAGCCUGAAAAAAGCCAGAUUUGAAAUGACGUCAGAUACUUUGAUUUUUUUUUAAACCAAGUGGGACUUCGAACACUUGUUGAGGAUGUUUUCUCCUAAAAAUGGAAGAAGAAAACGUUUACAAAGCAUGAAUUAUAAGAAGUUGAGAGAAAAAGCAGCUGAGUCCACUCACUCAAAGAAUGUCAGUACUUCAGUACUUCUGUCUUCUUUGGGAAGACACAUAUAAAUGUACCAUACAUGUGAGUUUAUCACCAAUGAUCGUUUCCUAUGCUAAGGAUGACUUUUAAUUUGAAUUUUGGAGUGUUUUUUUUUUCUCUUUUUUACAAUGUGUGUUUUGACUUUUCGUGUUUAAUAGAUUUAUAUAAAGGAAGUAAAUUCUGAAUUCAGAGUACUUUUUAUUUUUUUUACUAUACCACUGUGUGUUACAGAAAAUUAGAGGUUUUAACAUUUCUUGAAGUUUUAUUGGAAGGAAGACUGUGCCAGGGACACAGAUAGGCAGUGUAAGUUUUUUAUUUUUUUUUUCUCUUUGGCAACUAUACUUGCUUUGAAUGAGCUGACUAUCAGCUGGAUUUCACAGUAUAUAAGAUUUACAAUCUUUGUUUUAUCAAGGCCUUUAAUGUAUGUUUUAUACUAACCAGAUGGGAAGCACACUGAGCACCGUGUUUGACAUGUUUGCCUAAGGAAGGGAACUCCCCGAUGGAUCAUGGCGUUAAUGUUUAUAGGACAUUUCCUAUUUUUAGCAUUAGUGAUGUUUGGUUUCUCUACUCUUGAGGAAUCUGUGAGCAAUUACUCUGAAUGGGCAGUUUUCACAGAUGAUAUAAAUCAGUUUAAGACACAGAAAGUACAAGAUUUCAAGGCCAACCAAAAGCUGAAGAAAAGUAUGCUCCAUCCAAGUUUAUAUUUUGAUGCUGGAGAAAUCCAAUCAAUGAGACAAAAGUCUCACACAAGCCAUUUGCAUCUUUUCAGAGCUAUCAGAAGUGCAGUGACGGUUAUGCUAUCCAACCCGACAUACUACCUACCUCCACCAAAGCAUGCUGAUUUUGCUGCCAAGUGGAAUGAAAUUUAUGGUAAUAAUCUGCCUCCUUUAGCAUUGUACUGUUUGUUAAGCCCAGAAGACAAAGUUGCCUUUGAAUUUGUCUUGGAAUAUAUGGACAGGAUGGUUGGCUACAAAGACUGGCUAGUUGAGAAUGCGCCAGGGGAUGAGGUUCCAAUUGGGCAUUCCUUAACAGGUUUUGCCACUGCCUUUGACUUUUUGUAUAACUUACUAGAUAAUCAUCGAAGACAAAUAUAUCUGGAAAAAAUAUGGAUUAUUACUGAGGAAAUGUAUGAGUAUUCCAAGGUCCGCUCGUGGGGCAAGCAGCUUCUCCAUAACCAUCAAGCUACAAAUAUGAUAGCAUUACUCACAGGGGCCUUGGUCACGGGGGUAGAAAAAGGUUCUAAAGCAAAUAUAUGGAAACAAGUUGUAGUGGACGUGAUGGAAAAGACGAUGUUUCUAUUGAAUCAUGUUGUUGAUGGUUCUUUGGAUGAAGGUGUGGCAUAUGGGAGCUACACAGCUAAAUCAGUCACACAGUAUGUUUUUCUGGCUCAGCGCCAUUUUAAUAUCAAUAACUUAGAUAAUAACUGGUUAAAAAUGCACUUUUGGUUUUAUUAUGCCACUCUUUUACCAGGUUUCCAAAGAACUGUAGGUAUAGCAGAUUCCAAUUAUAAUUGGUUUUAUGGUCCAGAGAGCCAGCUUGUUUUCUUGGAUAAGUUCAUCUUAAAGAAUGGAGCUGGAAAUUGGUUAGCUCAGCAAAUUAGGAAGCACCGACCUAAAGAUGGACCAAUGGUUCCUUCCACUGCCCAAAGAUGGAGUACUCUUCAUACUGAAUACAUCUGGUAUGAUCCCCAGCUCACCCCACAGCCUCCUGCUGAAUAUGGUACUGCAAAAAUGCAUACAUUCCCUAAUUGGGGUGUUGUCACCUAUGGAGCUGGGUUGCCAAACACCCAGACCAAUACCUUUGUGUCUUUUAAAUCUGGGAAGCUGGGGGGACGAGCUGUGUAUGACAUAGUUCACUUUCAGCCUUAUUCCUGGAUUGAUGGGUGGAGAAGCUUUAACCCAGGACAUGAGCAUCCAGAUCAGAACUCAUUUACUUUUGCUCCCAAUGGGCAGGUAUUUGUUUCUGAGGCUCUCUAUGGCCCCAAAUUGAGCCACCUUAACAAUGUAUUGGUAUUUGCACCAUCACCUUCAAGCCAGUGUAACAAGCCCUGGGAAGGCCAACUGGGAGAGUGUGCACAGUGGCUCAAGUGGACUGGUGAGGAGGUUGGUGAUGCAGCUGGGGAAAUCAUCACUGCCUCUCAGCAUGGAGAAAUGAUAUUUGUGAGUGGGGAAGCAGUGUCUGCUUAUUCUUCAGCAAUGAGACUGAAAAGUGUUUAUCGUGCUUUACUUCUCCUAAAUUCUCAAACUCUGCUAGUUGUUGAUCACAUUGAGAGGCAAGAAGAUUCCCCAAUAAAUUCUGUCAGUGCCUUCUUUCAUAAUUUGGAUAUUGAUUUUAAAUACAUCCCAUAUAAAUUUAGGAAUAGUUACAAUGGUGCCAUGAUGGAUGUGUGGGAUGCACACUACAAAAUGUUUUGGUUCGAUCAUCAUGGCAAUAGCCCCACAGCCAGUAUACAGGAAGCAGAACAAGCUGCUGAAUUUAAGAAACGGUGGACUCAAUUUGUAAAUGUUACAUUUCAAAUGGAAUCCACAAUCACAAGAAUCGCUUAUAUCUUUUAUGGGCCUUAUGUCAAUGUUUCAGGUUGCAGAUUCAUUGAUAACUCCAAUUCUGGACUUCAGAUUUCCCUCAGUGUCAAUAAUAGUGAACAUGUUGUUUCCAUUGUGACUGACUACCAUAACCUGAAGACCAGAUUCAAUUACCUGGGAUUUGGUGGUUUUGCCAAUGUGGCUGAUGAAAGCCAAAUAACCCGAUUUGGUUUGGGCACUCAAGCAAUAGUGAAACCUGUGAGACAUGAUCGAGUUAUUUUCCCUUUUGGAUUUAAAUUCAAUAUAGCAGUUGGAUUUAUUUUGUGUAUUAGUUUGGUGAUUUUAACUUUUCAAUGGCGGUUUUACCUUUCUUUUAGAAAGCUAAUGCGAUGGAUAUUAAUACUUGUUAUUGCCUUGUGGUUUAUUGAGCUUCUUGAUGUGUGGAGCACUUGCACUCAACCAAUCUGUGCAAAAUGGACAAGGGCAGAGGCUGAGGCAAGCAAGAAGGCUUUAUCUCCUGAAGGGUACCACGUGGAUCUUCCUGAUGUUGUCAUUACCUCACUUCCUGGUUCAGGAGCUGAAAUUCUCAAACAACUUUUUUUCAACAGUAGUGAUUUUCUCUACAUCAGGGUUCCUACAGCCUACAUUGAUAUCCCUGAAACUGAAUUUGAAAUUGACUCAUUUGUAGAUGCCUGUGAAUGGAAAGUGUCAGAUAUCCGCAGUGGGCAUUUUCGAUUACUGCGAGGUUGGUUGCAGUCUUUGGUCCGGGACACAAAACUACAUUUGCAAAAUAUUCAUCUCCAUGAACCCAGUAAGGGUAAACUGGCACAAUAUUUUACAGCGAAUAAAGAAAAGAAAAGAAAAUUGAAAAGGAAAGAGUCUUUGCUAGAACAAAGAAGUAGAAUGAAAGGCGCCUUUGACAGAGAUGCUGAAUAUAUUAGGGCUUUGAGGAGGCACCUGGUAUAUUACCCAAGUGCACGUCCUGUGCUCAGUUUAAACAGUGGGAGCUGGACUUUAAAGCUUCAUUUUUUUCAGGAAGUUUUAGGUACUUCGAUGAGGGCAUUGUAUGUGGUAAGAGACCCUCGGGCAUGGAUUUAUUCAAUGUUGUACAGUAGUAAACCAAGUUUUUACUCUUUGAAGAAUGUACCAGAGCACUUAGCAAAAUUGUUUAAAGUAGACGGAGGUAAAGGCAAAUGUAGCUUAAACUCAGGCUAUGCUUUCGAAUAUGAACCUUUGAAGAAAGAAUUAUCAAAAUCCAAGUCAAAUGCAGUUUCCCUAUUGUCUCAUUUGUGGCUUGCAAACACAGCGGCAGCCUUGAGAAUAAAUACAGAUUUGCUGCCUACCAGCUACCAGCUAGUCAAGUUUGAAGAUAUUGUGCAUUUUCCUCAGAAAACCACUGAAAGGAUUUUUGCCUUUCUUGGAAUUCCUUUGUCUCCUGCUAGUUUAAACCAAAUAUUGUUUGCCACCUCCACGAACCUUUUUUACCUCCCCUAUGAAGGAGAAAUAUCACCAACUAAUACUAAUGUUUGGAAACAGAAUUUGCCGAGAGAUGAAAUUAAAUUAAUUGAAAACAUCUGCUGGACACUGAUGGAUCGUCUAGGAUAUCCAAAGUUUAUGGACUAAAUGCUGCAGGUCAGCAGAAAUUUGCACUAAUGUUUUCCAGCCCACUUUGUGGAUAUGAAUUAGGAGAGUUUGUUUAUUCUUGUAGUCUGUGUGUGUGUGUGUAUGCGUGUGUGUGUGUGUGUUUUCAGAUUGUUUUCUUGCACAGAGAGAUUAUUUUAAAAAUAGACACCAUAUCUGAUAUGACCUGGUAGGAUUUAUGUCACCACUUUCUUUACCUUUGUUUUUGAAAUGUUUUCUGCUUAAAUGUUUCUGCUACAGAAUUGUAGAUAAAGUCACAUCGUGGGGUCGGGGUGAUGUAAAAGAUUGUAAAAGACUUUUUUGUCCUAACUCACCAUCAUAUGUAACUGUAGUCUGAGACCUAAAACACUGCUAAAGGCCUUGAAUUGCUGCUUUACCCAAGCAUCUCUUUCAAGAUGGAUUUCAAAAGUUUCUUAUCUUUGUGGAAAGGUCUUCUAAUAUACCUAACUUGCAGAAAGCAAAAGAAAAAGAAAAAUAAAAGAUUGAUUUUUACUCUGUGUAGUAUACAGUGAUAUCACUGAAAUAGUAGUGAAUGGUCCUAUCAUAACUGUAGGAUUCCUUUUGGAAAAUACAGAUGGAAAUACCUAAUGAGUAUGUUUUGUUUUCUUACCUGUUAGGUCAGAAACUGUGACCUGAAAAGCUUCCGUAAUGUUUUUUUGUUAGAAAUCAUAAGGAAUAAAUGUUUGAACAAUC